GCCGGAAAAUGACAGUUGAUGAAUUUUUUCUACUUGUCACUAGUUAUUAAAAUAUAUUGUUAGUAUAUACAUAAACACUAAAAUAAUUAUUGUAUUCCAAUAUUUGUUUCUAUUGAUAAUCCUUUCUGCUGUAAGCAGAACCAAAACCAAAGUUUUGGGAAUUUGGUCGCGAAAACGUUUGGCAUCUAACGGUCUAUUCAAACGUUUCAUGCUUGUGACUUGGCUGUGUGAAUUAGAAUUUUUUGGGAUAAUAUUCUAUUUUUAUCGACGAUUUGGCUUUAUUAUUAAUAGUUAUUGGUUGCCUGCGAAAAACGUUUCACAAGCAUGGCUUAUUUAAAAAAAGCUACUAGAAAUGCCAGAAACAAACAGACAGACAGCUUUCAAAGAGGCGAAAAACAUGCACAAACCGAGAUUACAUUCAACGAACUCGAUAUCAAUAUUCUGAAGGAGAGAAUAAAAUUACUAGAAAUUGAAAACGUUAAAUUGAAGAAAGAAAAUGCAGCGUUGAAAAAUGGUUCUAAACCACUGAACGGUGUAAAAGAUAGCAAAGCUUUGGUAACUGUAAGUCCAGUGAAGCAGAAUCUUCCAAUUUUUAAUGGUAGACAUAAAGGUUGCAACUGCAAGGGAAACUGUGCCAACAAAAUAUGCGGAUGUAUGAAAAGAGACCUACAGUGCAGCGAAAGCUGUAAAUGUAACGCGAAAUCGUGCCAAAAUAAGUUGCAGAACAAAGAAAAUUAUGGAGCACUUAGACAAGAUCCUCCGCCAAAGGAAGUUCCAAAAAAUUCUGAUAUUGCAGACUACUUAUCAGGCUUAUCAAUGAAAGAGCGUCAGCCAAUCGAGUCUGUAAGUUCAGUCGAUGACAUUUUUUAUGAUGCAAGUGAUCCAGACCUCGAGAACUUGAUCGUCAACUUGGACGCGGUGAGGAAAUUAACUUUUAAUACCGAUGAGGACUCCCCUGAAAAGGAAAAUCAGUUAUCAUCGAUUCAGGAAAACGAUGAACAAUCAUCUCAGAGUCCAGCACUGAAAGAUGAACCAGUGAAGACACUCACAAACAAUAAUGGAAAGGGAAAAAAAGGAUCUUCUACCGAAAUUAAUGCAGAGCAGAAUGACGAUGGCAGUAAACUGAAGAAGACUAGGAAGAAAUCAGCUUCGAGUAAAGAGAGUGCCGCGAAUGCUAAGAAGCAAAGAAAGGGAAGUAAGUCGAAGUGCACUGCUUCCGUUGAAAUAGAAACUGAGGAAAAGCUUCCAGAAGAGUUGAUUGAAAACCCGAAAGUAAAUUCUAGGUCCAGAAAACUUCGCGGAGCAUCGCAAACUGAAGAACAAGAUGAGAAAAAAGAUGAAGAGCAGAUUAAAAAUCGAAUACCUGACAAAGUCAAACCAGCUGCUAAAUCUGAGAAGGAUGAUUCAAAAACUCUAAACUUGCAAAGGAGCAGAACAUCUGGAUUAGCAUCGAGUAGGGAGAGUAUCUCGAAUAUGAAACUACCAAAGGAUUGGAGGAAAAUGAGAUCGAGUGUUUCCGUUGAAAAAAUUGUAGAAGCAGCUGACAACAAAGAUUUGAAAAGCACGAAGGGUAAAAAGAGUCAAGGAAAUUUGUUAAAAACUAUCGUCCGCAAAGCGACGAGAGCAGUGUCGAAUGAAGAAAUUCUACGAGGAGCCGUUCCACCGAUAGGGAAAGGAUUAAGAAGAUCAGUUUCAAAUGGAGAAAUAAAAACAAACUCGAUGCAAAACUCAAAGUUGAGUGCAAAGUCGAAAACAAAUGUAAAUGAGAUUGAAGGUCCGAAAGCGAAAAUUUUAAAUCGAUCGUUGUCCAGCGAUUCUUUGUCCAAGAAGCCAUUCAAAAAAUUGAUAUCUAGGGUUUCAUCCAGUUUUCGCAAAUCAAAUUCUGUGGAAAUUGAGGAAAAGGCUUGGACGAAAAAUGAGUUGCAAACGUCCCAGAAUUUAACUCUAACAAGUGUAAAUGAGACUGGGAAUGAGUUGGAUGCUACAUUCGUUUCUAAGGGAACUGCAGACAAAAGUUUGAUAUUUGAUCCAAUGCAGCCUACUCGGCAACUUUUAAGAAGUCCCAUUCCUGCAGUCGCUGUUUCACAAACACCCCAACCUUAUGACAGAUAUUCGCCACCGAUUUAUGGCAGAUAUUUUAAUCAAAUGGAAAUCAAAGUUGGAAGUCCACCGCCUGAAAUUUUACAAGAACUAUGUAAAGAGGAAGUCGAUCCUGAAACGUUUUACUCAAAGCUCGUUGAAUGUCGAAAAUGUAAACGAAAGUUCUUCCCUCAUCGAAUACAAUUGCAUGAAGCUUUAUGCCACAAUUACUAAAGGGUGCGAGGCAUUUAUCUUUAAGAAUUAACUCUUUUGUUAGAACGCGAAACGUGCUUAGUAUGUAUAAUCUUUAUUAGGAAUUUCUAUUUUUUUUUUAAUAAACGCGAGUUGACCUUACGAAUUGAUAUUCCAUGUCCUUAGAUUAAUAAUGAAAAAGACUCUAGUGAUAUUUUGUAUACUUUUUGUGAAUCGUACAUUGACUGUAUCUGUUUUCUACUACACAUUGUUCACUAUAUAUUAUCCAGUUAUCGAUAUUUUUUUAAGUGUUGUAAUAACUGAGUUAAACAUUUUUAAAAACACAGGUGCAGAUAUGAAAUUUUGAGACUGAAUGAUUGCGAAAAUUCUGCAUCUCUGUAAAAAGAUUAUUUGAUUAUCUGCACUUUUUAUAUUUUUUGUACUUUAUCCAAUAAUAAAGAGAAA